AUGCUGCUGCAGCAGCGGUGGUUGAGCAGCGGAGAGAGCAGCAAAGUUUGUCUGUCUUGUGGUUCUCUUUUGCCUGCUGGCGCAGGGGACCGUUCAGCAGCAGCAGCAGCAGCUGCUGCUGCUGCUGCUGCUGCUAACGAAGCACUGCCGCCUCAGCUCCCCUUCCAGCGCUGGGCCUCGUUGCUGUCCUUUAACGAAGCACUGCCGCCUCAGCUCCCCUUCCAGCGCUGGGCCUCGUUGCUGUCCUUCGAAGCACUGCCGCCUCAGCUCCCCUUCCAGCGCUGGGCCUCGUUGCUGUCCUUGCCUACUCACCGCCUCGUGCUGCUGAGGGUUCCUCGCUGGGCCCUGCAGGUGUUCUUGGGGGCUGCAGAUGUGAGGCGUUUCCCCUGCUAUAUAGAGGCAGUGCUGCAGCCGCCGCUGCAUCUGCUGCUGCAGCAGCAGCACACUGCAGCAGCAGCUGCAGCAGCUGAUGGAGGUGGGCAGGCCUCAAGUGAAGGCCUGCCGCCUAUUCUGUCUGAGGCACGUGCUGCAGCAGGCGACAGCAGCAGCAGCAGCAGCAAUAGCAGCAGCAGCAGCAGCAGCAGCAGCAGCGCUACAGAAGCUAGCCAAGGCCGAGCAGGGUCUUUGCCUUCCCUUGCUCAGCUCUCCAGCAUCGCUCCCCGUGCUGAUGGCUCUGAGUCGCCGCUAGGAGCAGCAGAAGCAUCACUGACUGCUCGUUCUCUUUCUCUGCUGCUUCGCUGGCACUCCUCCUCUACCCCCAUGGCCCGAAGAGGCACUGACAGCCAGCAGCAGGACUACAGCAUGCAGCAGCAGCAGCAGGAGCAGCAGCAGCAGCAGCAGCAGCACGUCUCUCGCGUAGGCUCACAGGGCAUCCUUCUACCCAAACGCAGCAGCAGCGGAGGCGGGCCCAGCUCAAGCGCAGCAGCUGCUGCUGCUGCAGCAAUACCUCUGGGGGAGGGCUAUGGCCACCUGUCUUCUUGGCUUUUCAACGCGCCAGAUAGAAGACUGUGUGAAGUGAUAGUAACUCCUGAUCGCCUGGUGCUUGUCAGCGGCGCUCAGCAGCAGCAGCAGCAGCAGCAGCAGCAGCAGCAACAGCUGCUGAUGCUGCAGCGGAGACAGGAGCAGCAGCAGCAGCAAGCAAGUGAAGAAGGAGUUAUAGGCAUAACAGAGUUGACACAGUAUCCUGAGGAAACACCGAGAAACGCAGAUGAAUAUCAAGGAGCAGCACAGUGGCGCCUCAUCGCCGACCUGCUGGGCCUUCCACCUCCUUGGCAGCUGAAGUCGCAGCAGCAGCAGCAGCAGCAGCAGCAGCAGCAGCAAGAGGGGGAGCAGCCGCUGGAGCCGGAGCAGCGCCACCACGAAUACCAAAAGCAACAGCAGCAGCAGCAGGACGAGGAUGACUCGAUAAACGUGUAUUCGUCAAUGGAGCUGGCGGAGACACACAAAAUAACGAGCAGAAAAAACGAUGCUAGGCUUUUGUGUUUUUACUUCAACGCCACAAAGUCGCAGCCGCUUAUGGUCUUGAGGUUUCCUGAUGACAGCUCAGCGAAGGGCUGCAUAGCCCACGUGAAAAAAAUGUAUCGCGCUUACCGCAUGCGCAGGCAUGAACAGCAGCAGCAGAAGCUUCAGCAGCAGCAAGCGCAAGAAGCUAGUGCAAGAAACCCGCUGUCUGCAGAGCCCUCUGGCAAUGGGGGCGUUUGA